UCAGCAGGUAGAGUUGGUCAUCUCCACAGGUAGAGGUGGUCCUCUCAGCAGGUAGAGUUAGUGUUUUCACUUCGGGAGGCCAGUACAGUAAAACACACCCACACCAGUUCUCUGACUACGCUGUCGUUUUUUCAGAAUUUGUUGUAGAAAACUGCAACAGGCCAGGUGAGCUGUUACAUAUCAACAAACCAGCUAUCAGAAACAAAAUCCAAUAUGGUGCAAAGUCAGAACAGAUGUGUCCUCAGGACAAGUUCAGGUGUGUCUCUGUGUCCUCAGGUGUCCCCGCAGGCUUCCUUCCUCUCCACGGAGGAUUCAGAGAUCACUUUGUGGAAACUCCAGAGUCCAAAUACUGCUGCGAGGCCUGCAGGCUGGUCCUGUGUCAGCCCCGUCAGACCGAGUGCGGACACCGCUUCUGUCAGAGCUGCAUCAACGACAUCCUCAGUCAUCCCAACCCGGUGUGUCCAGCUGACAUGGAGCCUCUGUUCAAAGACAAGAUCUUCCGAGACGUUUGCUGCCAUCGGGAGAUCAUGGCACUGAAGGUUUACUGUCGAAGCGAAGCCAACGGCUGUCAGGAGCAGAUGAGUCUGCAGCAGAUACCUGACCACCUGAACGUGUGUCCAUUCUUCGAGGUUCCCUGUCCGCUGGGGAAAUGCAAAGAGCGAAUGAUGAGGAAAGAGAUCCCCGACCACCUAAGCUGGAAAUGUAAACAUAGAGAGACCAGCUGCGAGUUCUGCAUGACCAAGAUGCCUCUCACCGACCUGCAGGUAGCUGCUGACAUAUCUCUCACUGACCUGCAUGUAGCUGCUGACAUCUCCCACUGACCUGCAGGUUGCUGCUGACAUCUCUUAAAGACUUAGAGGUAGCUGCUGACAUCUGUUAAUGACCUGCGGAUAGCUGCUAACAUCUCCCACCAACC